GAUGAUAAUCUUUACGAUGUUUUGGCGCUGACCACUCGUUUAUUAGCCGAAAGACCAGCAGUGAUGGUGCCGGCAUUCGAUCGUAACAAGGGACUGGCGGUCGUUUUCAAAUUGCUCAAUUCAACCAAUGAGCUGAUUCGAGUGCCAGCUCUGAAAAUAUUUGGCUUUUUCCUGUGUCGAUCCACUCUUAAACGAAAGAACGAUUCAGUGGGCAAUUUGAAUUUGUUUACGUUGUUAACGGAUCGUUUGUUGUUGAAUGCAAGCUAUCUGAGUUUGGCCACGUACAAUGCACUCUUCGAAAUUUUGGUCGAGCAGAUGACACCGCUGAUCAGUUACACAUCGCAUGUGCCCAUAACGGACGCGUUGUCGUUCGAGAAUCCGACACUGUUGAAGGUUAUCGCGAAUCUGAUAACGCAAAGUGAAGAACGACCCGAAUUGAUUAAGGUGAAACGCGUGUUUUUGGAGGAUCUGAUAAAAAUGUGUGAAAAUUCUCGUGAUAAUCGACGUACAAUUCUGCAAAUGAGCGUUUGGCAAGAAUGGUUGAUAUCGCUGGCGUACGUGUUUCCGACGAAUGACGAUGAGGCGACGAUCACUGAGCUGGUGUAUCGUGUCUUUGAGCAGCUCUUAUUCCAUGCGAUUAGACUCGAAUACGGUGGAUGGCGUGUUUGGGUUGAUACAUUAGCAAUUGCACACUCCAAGGUCUCGUGGGAACGUUAUCGUGCGUCGUCACGCGUCUAUUCAUCGCCAACGAAUCGAAACGCAAACGGUGAUGUAAUCGCAGAGACUGUCAGCGAUAUCGUCUCGAGUGUGGUGCAAAAUGUGGAUGGCAAAUCGGAUGGUAAUGAACGUCAUGAGGGCAGUGGUGCGUUGUCGACACCUGAAGAGCAACCAACAGCAAUCUAUCGAACACCAGAAUUUCGAUGGUCAAAUAUUCAUUUGAGAUUGCUGAACGAUUUGUUGAGUGCAAUUGAAAAUGUGGUCGUUGAGUGGAGA